GCUCGCUCGUUCGCUUCCUCCCACAGUGAUCCUCGAGCCGGCCGAGCCUAUCUAUUUGUAAAAGUAUUAUUCUAACUUAUUCAUUUAUAUACAUACAUAUAUCUUAUCCCGCGUUUGCGGAGAUUCAUCCCCGAGGCUGGUGACCGCGCCGUUGGGGAGCGGUGUUGGCUGGCAGACUUUUGACCUUUGGUCUGAGUGAGUGAGUGACAGACAAGAGUGUGGGUGUGCCAUUGUGAUCUUCAUCCUCCAAGCGGUGUUCCGUGAUUAGUGGCGUUUAAUCCUGCCCCUGGCCCGGCUCUCCCUCUCCCUCUAUCAUCAUCAUCAUCAUGGUGGACGUGGACAAGUCUGAUCCGGACUUCAAGUUCCUGGUGGUGGACCGGAAUGCCUUCAACGAUCCCACGAAACAGGCGGAAUGGACGCAGAAGCGAUUGGUCUGGAUUCCUCAUGAAGGACAGGGAUUCGUCUCGGCCUCCAUCAAGAAAGACCGCGGCGAUGAGGUCGAGGUCGAGAUUUCCGAGACCGGUAAACGGGUACUCGUCUCCAAGGACGACAUCCAGAAAAUGAAUCCACCCAAAUUCGACAAGGAAGAGGAUAUGGCCGAUCUGACCUGCCUCAAUGAAGCCUCCGUGCUCCAUAAUGUCAAAGAGCGAUACUAUUCCGGACUCAUCUACACAUAUUCUGGUCUGUUUUGUGUGGUUGUUAAUCCUUACAAAAGACUACCCAUUUACACCGAAAAGAUCAUCGAAUUGUAUAAAGGAAAGAAGCGCCAUGAAGUUCCUCCUCACGUUUUUGCUAUCACGGACACGGCCUACAGGUCGAUGCUUCAGGAUCGCGAAGACCAGAGCAUUUUGUGUACUGGCGAAUCCGGUGCUGGAAAAACGGAGAACACGAAAAAAGUCAUUCAGUAUUUGGCAUACGUGGCUGCUUCGAAGCCCAAAUCUAGUUCUCACACUCCCUCAGCUACCGAAGGACCAAGCUUUGGCGAGUUGGAGCAACAGCUUCUGAAAGCUAAUCCCAUUUUGGAGGCCUUUGGAAACGCCAAGACUGUGAAGAACGACAACUCUUCCCGUUUUGGAAAAUUCAUUCGAAUCAACUUCGAUGCUAGUGGAUUCAUUGCCGGUGCCAACAUUGAAACGUACCUCUUGGAGAAGGCGAGAAUGAUCCGACAAGCUGAUGACGAGCGGACAUUUCAUAUCUUUUACCAACUCUUGGCCGGUACCACGCCCGAGCAAAAGAAAAAGUUCAUCUUGGAAGACCCCAAGAACUACACUUUUUUGAGUAGUGGAAACGUGACCAUUCCUGGCAUGGAUGAUAGCGAGGAGUUCCAACAGACUGUUAAAGCUAUGCAAAUUAUGGGCAUUUCUGAGGAGGAUCUGGCCUCCAUUUGGAAGGUGAUUUCUGGUGUGCUUUUAUUCGGCAACAUGGAGUUCCGUCAGGAGCGCAACUCUGACCAAGCCAUUCUUCCGGAUGACACGGUGGCUCAAAAGAUUGCCCAUCUCUUGGGUAUUAACGUCAACGAACUGACCAAGGCCUUCUUGAGACCCAGAAUCAAAGUGGGACGUGACUAUGUGACCAAGGCUCAAACCAAGGAACAAGUGGAAUUUGCUGUUGAAGCUAUUUCCAAGGCCAUGUAUGAGCGUCUCUUCAAGUGGAUCGUUACCCGAAUCAAUCGCUCUUUGGACCGCACGAAACGUCAAGGAGCAAGCUUCAUUGGAAUCCUGGACAUUGCCGGAUUUGAGAUCUUCCAUCUGAAUAGCUUCGAACAGUUGUGUAUUAAUUACACCAACGAGAAGCUCCAACAGCUCUUCAAUCACACCAUGUUCAUCUUAGAACAAGAGGAGUAUCAGCGUGAGGGAAUCGAAUGGAAGUUCAUCGAUUUCGGCUUGGACCUUCAACCUACCAUUGACCUGAUUGAGAAGCCCAUGGGCAUCAUGGCUCUUGUGGACGAAGAGUGCUGGUUUCCCAAAGCUACAGACAAGAGUUUCGUGGAGAAGUUGGUCUCUAGUCACUCGGCUCAUCCGAAGUUUGUCAAGACCGAUUUCCGCGGUGAAGCCGACUUUUCCGUGAUUCACUACGCCGGAAAGGUGGAUUACUCGGCCCACAAGUGGCUCAUGAAGAACAUGGACCCACUGAAUGAGAACAUUGUCCAACAGUUGCGUAGUUCCACUGACCAAUUCAUUGUGAACAUCUGGAAAGACGCCGAAAUCGUUGGCAUGGCCCAACAAGCCAUGAGUGACACCCAAUUCGGAGCUCGCGCUCGCAAGGGCAUGUUCCGAACCGUGUCCCAGUUGUACAAGGAGCAAUUGGGCAAGCUCAUGGAGACCCUGCGCAACACUAACCCGAACUUUGUGCGUUGUAUCAUUCCCAAUCACGACAAGCGUGCUGGCAAGAUCAAUGCCACCUUGGUCCUGGAGCAACUCAAAUGCAACGGUGUAUUGGAGGGCAUCAGAAUCUGUCGACAGGGCUUCCCCAAUCGUAUUCCCUUCCAGGAGUUCCGUCAACGCUACGAGCUCCUCACCCCGAAUGUGAUUCCCAAGGGAUUCAUGGACGGCAAGAAGGCAUGCGAAAAGAUGAUUACGGCAUUGGAAUUAGAUCCAAAUCUAUUCAGAGUCGGACAGUCGAAGAUCUUCUUCCGUGCCGGAGUCUUGGCUCAUUUGGAGGAAGAGCGCGAUUUGAGGAUCACAGAUCUAGUGGUCAAGUUCCAGGCCUAUUGUCGGGGAUUAAUUGCGCGAAGAAACUACGUGAAACGGACCCAACAAUUGAACGCCAUUCGAAUUCUUCAAAGGAAUGGAGCGGCUUACCUCAAACUUCGAAACUGGCAAUGGUGGCGUCUGUACACCAAGGUCAAACCCUUGUUGCAGGUCACCAAGAACGACGAAAAGGUUCUUCAAAAAGAAAACGAGCUCAAGGACGUUAAGGAACGCUUGGAGCAACAUGAAAAAACCGUCGGCGACCUGGAUAAACAGUAUCAACAAGCCCUGGAGGAAAAGAGCAUCUUGGCCGAGCAACUGCAAGCUGAAACCGAGCUAUGUGCCGAAGCCGAAGAGAUGAGAGCCAGGUUGGCUGCUCGAAAGCAGGAGCUGGAAGAAAUCCUUCACGAUAUGGAAGCGCGGAUUGAGGAAGAGGAGGAAAAAACCUUGAAGAUGAGCGAAGAAAGGAAGAAGCUCCAACUCAACAUCCAAGACCUGGAAGAGCAGCUCGAAGAAGAGGAAGCCGCUCGACAAAAACUCCAGAUCGAAAAGGUUCAAAUCGAGGCUAAGAUGAAGAAGUUUGAAGAAGACGUAGCCAUGUACGAGGAUUCCAACCAGAAGUCCAGCAAGGAGAGGAAGCUCCUUGAAGAGCGAAUGGCUGAUGUGACUGCCACCCUUGCCGAAGAGGAAGAGAAAUCCAAACAUUUGGCCAAGUUGAAAGCCAAGCAUGAAAGCACCAUUGGUGAGUUGGAGGAAAAGCUCCGCAAAGACAACCAGCAGAAGCAAGAAGUGGAGAGAGCCAAACGGAAGAUUGAGACUGAGCUCAACGACUUAAAGGAGCAGGUGGUCGAAAAGAAGGUCCAACUCGAAGAUCUCCAACUUCAGUUGGGCAAGCGAGAAGAGGAACUCGCCCAGGCCAUGAUGAAGGUUGACGAAGAAGCCGCACACAAGGCUAAGGCCCAAAAACAAGUCAGAGAAUAUGAGGCACAACUCAAUGAGCUCCAGGAGGAUUUGGAGGCCGAAAAAACUGCUCGUGUCAAGGCCGAGAAACAGAAGAGAGAUCUCAACGAAGAGCUCGAGGCUCUCAAGAAUGAGCUGCUAGAUUCCUUGGACUCGACUGCUGCUCAGCAAGAACUCCGAACGGCUCGGGAAAAGGAACUCGCUACCCUUAAGAAGGGUCUCGAAGAUGAGGCCGCUCAACACGAAGGCAUUGUGACCGAAAUGCGGCACAAGCACUCGCACGAGUCCCAAGCUCUCCAUGAAGAGAUCGAUUCUUUGAAAAAAGCCAAGUCCAACCUCGAGAAGCAACGCCAGCAACUUGAAUCCGAACAAAAUGACCUCGCCAACGAAUUGAAAUCAAUUUCCGGGAACAAGCAAGAGGCUGAUCGACGACGAAAGCAAUUGGAAGCUCAAUGUUCGGAGUUGCAGUUGAAACUUUCGGAGAUGGAAAAACUGUCCGGUGACGCCGGGGAGAGGAUCAGCAAGAUGUCGAGUGAAGUGGAACAACUAAAUCAAGCAUUAGAAGCGGCUGAGUUCAAGAAAUCGCAAGCUGUCAAGGCUGUUGACGGUCUGGAAUCCCAACUCCAAGAGGCUAGCUCUCAGCUCGAGGAAGAAACCAGGCAAAAGCUAGCCCUAAACUCCAAACUCCGAGCCUUGGAACAGGCGAAGGAGUCAAUGAGCGAGCAACUCGAAGAAGAAGAGGAGAGUAAGCGUCAAUUGGAAAAGCAACUCUCAACCACCUUGGCACAACUAAGCGAAGCUCGAAAGAAGGCCGAGGAAGAAGGAGAAUCCGUAAUUCGCCUGGAAGAGCUCAAGAAGAAGAAUGGCAAGGACAUCGAAGAACUCGUCCACAAGCUUGAAGAGCUGCAAGCCGCCAAUGAGAAAUUGGACAAGUCCAAGAAGAAACUGGCGGCCGAAUUAGAUGACGCUGCCUUAGAAUUGGACACCCACCGAACCAAAGUGGUGGAGUUGGAAAAGAAGCAGAGAAACUUCGACAAGAUUCUAACCGAGGAGAAAAUGAAUGGGGAGCGAAUCGCCCAAGAACGCGACAACGCCGAGCGGGAUGCCAGAGAGAAAGAAACCAAAUUGUUGAACCUAAAUCGAGAUUUUGAGGAUUCCUUGGCACGAUUGGACGACGUGGAACGGGCCAAACGCCAACUCCAGGGCGAGCUUGACGACCUAGUCAACUCUCAAGGUAAUGCCGACAAGAACGUGCACGAACUGGAAAAGGCCAAACGCUCGCUCGAAUCGGAACUCGUGGCCAUGAAGCAACAGAUGGAGGAGCUCGAAGACGAGCUUCAAGCCACCGAAGAUCAGAAGAUGCGCUUGGAGGUCAACAUGCAAGCACUCCGAACGCAGUACGAGCGCGACCUCCAGGCUAAAGAGGAAGCCGGCGAGGAGAAGAGGCGUGGUCUGACCAAGCACAUUCGCGACCUCGAGGCAGAGCUCGAUGAGGAGCGAAAACAAAAGACGGCCGCCCUCAACGGCAAGAAGAAGCUGGAGGCUGACUACAAGGACCUCGAGUCAACGAUGGAAAUGAAUAACAAGCUGAAAGAGGAUGCGCUCAAGCAACUGAAGAAACAUCAGGCCGCCAUGAAGGAGCUCCAGCGAGACGCAGAGGAGGCUCACCAGAGCAAGAGUGAAGUGCUUCAGCAAUACAAGGACCUCGAGAAGAAGAUCAAGUCCUUGGAAGCCGAGAUGAUCCAAUUGCAAGAGGACCUCAGUGCGGCAGAGCGAGGCCGACGAUCAGCCGAAACCGAGCGUGACGACUUGCAAGAGGAGAUCAACAACUCGGCCAGCAAGGGCCUCUUACUUAGUGACGAGAAGCGACGACUGGAUGCCAGGAUUGCUGCUCUUGAAGAAGAACUCGACGAGGAACAGGGCAACUCGGAGGUGCUCAUGGAGCGCGCCAAGAAGGCCCAGAUCCAGAUCGAGCAAUUCACGACAGAGCUUGCCCAAGAACGGGGCCAGGUGCAGAAACUGGAGAACUCCAAGAUGCUCCUCGAGCGUCAAAACAAAGAAAUCAAGGCCAAGCUGUCCGAGUUGGAAGGAUCACAGCGUGCUAAGGCGAAAGCCACAAUUGCCGCUCUCGAAUCGAAGAUUGCCAAUCUCGAAGAACAGCUGGGUGCUGAAACUGGUGAGCGCAUGGCUCAAGCCAAGCUGAACAGGAAACAAGACAAAAAAUUGAAGGAGACCCUGCUCAUGCUGGAGGACGAGCGUCGACACGCCGAUCAGUACAAGGAGCAGGCCGAAAAGGUCAACUCGCGGGUCAAAGCUCUAAAGCGCCAAUUGGAUGAGGCCGAAGAGGAGAUCUCGAGAGAGAGAGCUCAAAAGCGAAAGACCCAGAGAGAGCUAGAGGAUACGCUUCAAGACAACGAGUCCAAGGAGAGGGAGAUCACCAAUCUCAAGAACAAGUUGAGAGGCUCUGCCACUUCGAGUGGUCGUCGAGCUAGAGAUUAUUUGACGAGUCUUUCUUCCCGAGUAGACCUAAACAACUCAACUAGUGUGAGCAGAGAUUCCUCUAGUGGUCCACCCAUGAAGGACUCUUCUUCCAACCCAUCCCAAUCUCCUUUAACCACCAGCACCGAGGAUCUCGCUGCACCUCGAAACGAGGUCUCGGAGGAAUUCCAUCUUCGCGGUUAAUGAAAGGUGGGCGUGCCGGGUCGAUUCAGGCUGAUGAUGUGAAUGCCUCUUCCCUCACUAGUGGAGUAGACGAUUCUUCUCUCGAUGAAGCGGACUCAGAGAAGUGAGUGGUGUGCAGCAUUGACAAACCAGACUCAUAUGCAAAUUAACAACAACAGCAACUGAUCAUCCGGGGUGAACCCCCGUCCCAAUUACCUGCUUGGCCCAGUACUUCCAUUUCACUUGCAUCAAACAGUAUCACCAACUAUUACAUCCUUGAUUGUCCCAUGUCUAUCCCCGAUUCUUCCAUGUUCUCUCUCUCUCUGGCUGUCUCUCUCUCUCUCUCUCUCUGUCGAUCGAAUAAGUCGAUCCAAGACUGCUUCUCAUCCAUCGAAGAGCAGACCAAUUUGGGCUGAAUCAAGGGGGCUUUUCUUCCCCAAUGAAUGAUUUAUGAUAACCACACUACACCAGUAUGUAUGUGUUCAAGAUCGUCUUCGCCUUGUAUCGCGAAGCAAUCAUGAUGCAAGGAACACACUGCUUUUAUACCCUAAUAUAUAUUUAUUCUCAUGCAUUUUUGUGGAACUUUGCUAAAUUUGUAGUGCCAAUUAUUUUAUCAAGAAAUAUAUGCUUCUCUUCAUUAUUA